AUGUCACACCUAUCUCAGCUGAAGGCUUCGGCCCUGCUACUGGUUUUAUGCCUUCCGUUGCCACAGGCGACAGCAGAUGACCUUCUGGGCAUACUUGGGUCUGGCACGGCGUCUUCAGAUGGUGGCAACCACAGCGACAAAUGUGAGGAGGCAACCGAGUGCCAGGAAGGCGUGAUCCUGCCCGUAUGGCUCCCUCAGAACCCCUCGGUGGGUGACAAGGUAGCACGGGCCAUUGUUUACUUUGUGGCACUGAUCUACAUGUUCCUGGGCAUGUCUAUCAUCGCUGACCGCUUCAUGGCCUCUAUCGAAGUUAUCACCUCACAAGAAAGGGAGAUCACUAUCAAGAAGCCCAAUGGAGAGACCACCACCACCACCGUCCGCAUCUGGAACGAGACCGUCUCCAACUUGACCUUGAUGGCCUUGGGUUCCUCAGCGCCUGAGAUCCUCCUCUCCAUCAUUGAGAUUGUGGGCCAUAACUUCUAUGCAGGAGACAUGGGACCCAGCACAAUUGUAGGUAGUGCGGCCUUCAACAUGUUCAUCAUCAUUGCUGUCUGUGUCCACGUGGUCCCUGAAGGGGAGGUACGGCGCAUCAAACACUUGAGGGUCUUUUUUGUCACUGCAGCAUGGAGCGUCUUCGCCUACAUCUGGCUGUAUCUUAUCCUGGCCUGGUUCUCCCCUGGUGAAGUGGAACUGUGGGAAGGACUCAUGACGUUCCUCUUUUUCCCUGUGUGUGUGAUCCAAGCAUGGGUAGCUGACCGGCGGCUCCUGUUCUAUAAGUACGUUCAGAAGAAGUACCGUGCUGACAAGGCCCGGGGGCUUAUCAUUGAGACAGAGGGUGACAGCGGCUACCCAAAAAUGGACAUGGAGAUGGACAAUUCACUAAAAGAAGGCUCCGAGGGCCUCAUGGAAGGCAGCAAGGACCAAGAUGAGGAAGCUCGCCGGGAUAUGGCCCGCACUUUGAGGGAUCUCAAGCAGAAACAUCCGGAAAAGGACAUGGAACAGCUUAUUGAGAUGGCCAAUUAUCAUGUGUUGGUCCAACAGCAGAAGAGCAGGGCCUUCUACCGCAUCCAGGCCACCCGCAUGAUGAUCGGAGCUGGGAACAUCCUCAAAAAGCAUGCGGCAGAUCAGGCCCGCAAAGCGGUCAGCAUGCAGGAAGUACGGGCAGAAGAGGAUGAAUCAAUGACCAAAGUUGGCUUUGAACCCUCGCAUUACCAGUGUUUUGAGAACUGUGGCUCGGUAGUGCUGACCGUGGCCCGGCGAGGAGGGGACCCAUCUUGCAUCACACUGCGAGUGGACUUCCGCACGGAGGAUGGAACGGCAAAUGCUGGUUCAGACUAUGAAUUUGCUGAGGGCACUUUACUUUUCAAGCCGGGUGAGACGCACAAAGAGGUGCGGGUCGGAAUCAUCGACGAUGACAUUUUUGAAGAGGACGAGUACUUUUACGUUCACCUCAGCAACGUGCGGGCGGUCUGGGCUGAGCCAGGCCCUGAGCCGCCCCCCAAAGCCUGCCUCGGACCCUCCGAGAUGGCCACUGUCACAAUCUUUGAUGACGACCAUGCUGGCAUCUUCACCUUUGAGGGGGCCUCCAUGAGGGUGAGCGAGAGCGUGGGGGCUGUGCGCAUCAAAGUGCUGAGGACUUCAGGGGCCCGUGGGCGAGUGGCCAUUCCUUUCCACACCAUUGAGGGCACCGCUAAAGCUGGAGAGGACUACGAGGAAGUGGCCGGCAAGGUGGAGUUCCAGAAUGAUGAGACCAUGAAAUACAUUGAAAUUAAAAUUAUUGACGAUGAGGAGUAUGAGAAAAACAAGAAUUUUCAUUUGGAAUUGGGACCUCCAGAAUUCCUGGACACGGGCCCACGGCACGGUGACUCCAAUGAAAAUCGUCUGCCCAAUGGGGGAGAAGAGGAAGCGAUUGCCAAAAUGGGUUGCCCGAGCUUAGGAGAGCACACCAAACUUGAAGUCAUCAUUGAGGAGUCGUAUGAAUUCAAGAGCACGGUGGACAAAUUAAUCAAGAAAACCAACCUGGCACUCGUGGUGGGCAGCAGCAGUUGGCGGGAGCAGUUUGUUAGCGCCGUUACCGUCAGUGCCGGUGAUGACGAAGAUGAUGACUCAGGCGAGGAGCGCCUGCCCUCCUGCUUUGACUAUAUCAUGCACUUCCUGACGGUUUUCUGGAAAGUUCUCUUUGCCUUUGUGCCACCCACCGAAUAUUGGUGCGGCUGGGCCUGCUUCUUCGUCUCCAUCUGUCUCAUCGGGGUGCUCACUGCUCUCACAGGGGAUCUGGCUGCCCACUUCGGCUGCACCAUCGGUCUCAAAGACUCCGUCACAGCGGUGGUUUUUGUGGCACUGGGCACCUCUGUGCCUGAUACCUUUGCCAGCAAAGUGGCUGCCAUCCAAGACCAGCACGCUGACGCCUCCAUUGGCAACGUGACCGGCAGCAACGCCGUCAACGUCUUCCUAGGGAUUGGGGUGGCCUGGUCCAUUGCUGCUGGCUACUGGGCCUCCAAAGGCCAACCAUUCAAAGUACAGCCAGGCACGCUGGCUUUCUCGGUCACCCUCUUUACCAUCUUCGCCUUCAUCAGCAUCGCUGUGCUGCUAUACCGGCGCCGGGCACCCGUUGGCGGAGAACUGGGAGGGCCCCGAACCCCCAAAAUCCUUGCCACACUUUUCUUCGUUAGCCUGUGGCUUAUCUACAUCCUCCUGGCCGCUCUGGAGGCUUACUGCCACAUCAAGGGAUUCUAG